AUGGCUCUGCAGUUGCUGGCUCUGAGAUUUCUCCUGGUGCUUGUAUCUCUGCUGGCAGCACAGGGCCAGGAAGAACCUCAUCCCAAGGUCCAAGGAGUGCCCUGGGGAACAGAAAUGUGCCGAAGGCCCCGGUGGGACUCGAGACUCCAGCUGGCACCAGACCAGGAGAAUUACAAGAAGAACGAAGAAGUGAUGCUGAGUUGCAUUGAUGGUUUCCAGCCGUCCUUCACCCAUGUCAAAUGUUCGAGCGAAGUCCAGUCCAUCAGUCAUGGGAAACCUGUAUACAGAGAAGUUUGGCUUGGAAGGGACAGCAGAGGUGGCUGGAUCCGCAUUAGGUCCAACAUGGAGUGCACUGAGGUCCUCCAGGUUGUCCCCGGGACCUUGGAGAUUUCCAGCACCAGCAUCAAACUGAACUGGACCUGCAGGCUCACUGACGCCUGCCAGCACAUGCAGGGCACGUGCCGUCUGGCAGGGCCUUCCUCCCCUCCUUGUGAGGCUGAAGAGGUGAAGGGAGAGGAGAUGUUACACGGCCAAGAGGGAACAUUCACCUGUCCCCCUCUGCAGCCCUUCACCGACUACAGUGUCACCAUCUCCCUGCCCCCCAGCACCAUCCUUUUCACAUGGCUGGUCAGGACGGAGGGAACAGUGCCGGACAAACCCAAGAAGCUGUGGCUGGAUCCCAGCACGGGGUCCCUCAGGUGGGAGCCGCUGCCUUCCUGCAAAGGGGAGAUCAUCGGAUACCAGCUGAACGUCACGGCCAGGAGCGCGCAGGACGGUGCCUUCCUGGAGGUGCAGCGGCUGCGGCUGAGCGGCUCCGUCACUGAGCACCCGCUGCCCGAGCACAGCCCCGCCAACAGCUACGUGGUGACGAUGCAGGGACUCACGGCCGCCGGAGCCGGGGCUGCGUUGCUGUGGGAGUUUCAGACCAACAGCUCGGACACUCCGCACCCUCUUGACAUCGGCUGCCACAGCGCCCGUGACAUCUCCCCAGCCCAAGGGACAGCCGUGCUUCCACUCCGCCCCAUCGCCCGGCUCCCCGAGGCGGCCAGGGAGUACCAGCUCAUCGUGGCCAUGACACACAACGGCACGGCGGUGGAAGGCGCCUGCUCGGGGGAGCCGCAGCCCUUCAACGCCAGCCGGCAGCCCGGUGCCUACGUGGCCACCGUGCUCAACCUCACCGCCCCCACGGACUUUGUGCUGGGCGACGGGACCCGCGGGCAGGGUUACCACAACGCUGCCCUCCGGCCGGGCUCGGACUACACGGCCCUUCUCCGCCUCGUCCACCGCUCGCAGCAGGCAGAGAAGUUCACCUGCGUGUGCUACAGCUUCUCUACUGUUGCAGGGCAGCCUCCGGGUCCGGGUCAGUGGCAUGGGACUGUGAUUGGGAUGGUUGUGCUGUUGGUGCUCCUCCUCCUGUCUGCAGCGAUCCUGUGGUUGGUGCUUUCCAGGAAAAGGAAGUCUUUGCCCAGCAAAACUAAGGAGGAUAAUUAA